AUGGCACUUAUUCGAUCCUAUUUCAACAGCUACAAUCGAAUCGUCCCGCUCUUCGAUGAAGAUGACUUCAUGAAUAAAUUUGCCGAACUAGAUAUGGACCAGAUCCGGGCGGAUGCGGCAUUCUGGACUGCGACAAACGUCAUGUGUGCCAUUGCUCUCCGCCAACAAAAUACGUCAUAUUUUGCCGACUCCCCCAACAACCCGGACCGCGAAGCGUGGGAAUACUUGGACACUGCAUUGGAUAAAGCUGUUGAACUCACAAUCCAGGGUAGCAAUGACCUCCUCGCCAUCCAGGCGCUGGUGGGAAUGGCUAUUUUCCUACAAACCGCGCCAGGCGCCCAUGCGGCAUCGACACUCCUUGCUGCUGCGAACCGUUUGGUCCUUCAAAAUGGUCUUCAUCUUCAGAAAGAUGAACAAUUUUCCGGGCAAUCUGGAUCUGAAAAUUUCCGUCUCAUGGUUCAGCGAAAUCGUGUCUUCUGGAUAGCUUUUAAUCUGGACCAUGAUCUUGCCUCCCGGCUUGAAAGGCCACCACUAAUACACGAAGAUGAUAUCGGCGCUGAUCUCCCUCUAUUGCAUCCAGAGGAUGGACUAGGCUGUAUAUCAUCUAUUGAUAAUUCUGCAGAGGUCAACUUCCUGCGGGCACGAUCUCACCUCGCUCUUAUCGAGAAUCGUAUUCACCGACGACUUAUGUCUGCAAGAGGGAAACGUCAAACAGCCCUUGAACGAGAGGCAGCAAUCAGUGAAUUAGAAGCGGAACUUGACAAUUGGAAAGCCUCAUAUCCAGAUUUAAGCGCUACUCUCGACUAUCUUGCUACAAACCGAGCCCUGUGGGCGAACUUUGAAGGGGUAGCGUUUCGGACGUUACGGGCCCUUUCUCUUGCAUGCCUUGGUUGCCAUACCAAUUUGCAUGGUUUAUCUUACCGGUCUCUACGAGUGCAAGAAUGGAGUCACGUAUAUGGAGAUGCUGGACCUCCCAAUUGUUGUGUUUCGGUAGCGAGAGCAUCUUUGAUUCUACUUCAUCUUAGCCAAAACACUGAUCAUGCUUGUACAUGGUAUUCACUGCACCAUCUUGUUACAGCGUUGAUUGUCCUCGUUUCUAAUGCUGCAAGAAAUCCCCUGACUGAGGAAUCGAUGGCAGAUAUACAGCUGGUGCUUCCAGUUGUGGAGAUGCUCCGUCGAUUUGAAGAGGUCUCGAUGGACAGUGGAGUAGAAAAUUCGAAGAAAGUAGCUGCUCAACUAGUGCAUGAGUACGCACGCAGGGCGCUGUUUGACCAAGCAGGGUUCGUGGGCAUGCAAUCCGAACCUUACAAAAUACCUAACAAUGUUGCACAAUGA